AACACUGCGCGCAAAAUGCUGGAACAACUCUGCGGUAGUGACAGCAUCUACGGAGGAAAAUAAACAGUCAACGUUUGGACUGAGACGCUUCCAUGUUACUGAUGAAGGGUCUCAGCUUGACACGCUGACGAUCCUUUUACCUCCAUACGUGUUAUCUGAUCUGCUGAGUUCCUUGAGCAUUUUGUGUGUGUUGAACAGCAGUAGAAGAAACAGAUCACUAAGUAUGGGUUCUCUUAGCUCAUGGAAACAUAGAAAAUAGGUGCAGGAGUAGGCCAUUUAGUAUGAUCAUGGCUGAUCAUCCAACUCAGAACCCUGCACCUGCUUUCUCUCCGUACCCCCGAUCCCUUUAGCCACAAGGGCCAUAUCUAACUUAUCUCUCUGUUGAGAAGUGAAAAGUUCGAUUUGCAGACACGAGGAAAUCUGCAGAUGCUGGACAUUCAAGCAACACGCACGAAAUACACUUGACUUGGUGCCUGUCGGGUCACGGGGAGCGCCACCUUUACUAAGAUGGCUAGCCUGCCACCGCAGCGUUGGGCGGCGGCGAGAUUUCGCCCCUCCGCUACACGAGGAUCGCCGCUGCAGACUCCGGGGCGAGAGGAGCCUCGGCGCAAGAGCCGCACGCCGGAGGAAGGAAGGGUGAGGAAAGACGCGGACCGUUAGUCAGCCGCCGGCGCGACUGAAUGUGAAACGAGAGACCGGGACAGAGGCCUAGGGGAAGAGAGCGGAUAGGAAUCCGGGCGAAGGACGCGUCCUUCCUCCGCACCUAGGGUCCCAGGCGGACCCCGGAGGGUGGAGUGCGCAGGCGCCACAGCUCAGCUGAGUGUUUCCCUGCAGCUUGAGGGGCGGAUGGCUUCCGGAUCCUACUGGUGCCACUAGGAAGGGGAGGGGGCAGUCCGGAAUGUCAGCCCGGAGAUAGAAAACACUUCGAGUCUGAUGUGCCGGCGUGAGCCCUCCACCGCCGUUGAUGCGAGCGCCCACGCUGACGAUGGGCAGUCAGCCGGCUGAUUUGUGAAGUGUCGGGAAAGUAAUGAACUACGGUUCAUUCAGCCUUUUUUUUCCGUGGCCGAUCCAACCAGCACGUCUUCACUCACAGAAGGGGUGCUGUAAGAUUGUAGGGAUAAUGUGAAGAUGAGUUUUCUGGGAUCUUUCCGCAAUUUGUUGCUGGCUGUUUGCCUGAUGUUGGUGCUCGGAUUUCUCUAUUAUUCUGCUGGAAAAUUGCACAUGCAUGGAUGGGGCCAGGAACUACGUGAGUCAUCAACAGAAUAUGAUCGACUGGGAUUUCUGCUGAAGCUUGAUUCCAGAACGGAACUGGAAAAAUCAGUAGUGGACAACAGAGGAGAUGGCUGUACCUUUGCCGCUACCCAGAAAGACAGACAUUAUACUCCCUGCCUCCCCACAUUGAACUACACACGCUCAGCAGAAUUGAGCUAUAAAAAUGGAAAUAUCACAGAAGGUGGCUGCAGAAGAGGAUUUGCCUCUGCACAGAUGACAGCAAUCUUUCCAAAAUUCUCAAAACCAGCACCAAUGUUUCUUGAUAACACCUUUAAGCAAUGGUCAAAACUGAAAGAUUUUGUUCCACCAUUUGGAAUCAAAGGGCAAGAAGCAGUUAUACAGAAAAUACUGGGGAUAACAAAACACUACACUUUGACUUCAUCUCUGGAUAGUUUAAGCUGCAAACGCUGCAUCAUCAUGGGCAAUGGAGGAAUAGUAGCCAACAAAUCUCUUGGAUCAAGAAUUGAUGAAUAUGAUGUUGUCAUAAGACUGAAUGAAGCCCCAGUUAAAGGAUUUGAAAAAGACGUUGGCUCAAAGACAACCCUCCGAAUAACGUAUCCAGAAGGAGCUAUUCAGAAACCAGCACGGUAUGAGAGGGACUCAUUAUUCGUUUUUGCUGGCUUCAAACCUCAAGAUUUCAAAUGGUUGAAAUACAUUGUUUUUAAAGAAAAAGUGGUCCUUUCCAAAGAUGAAAGCGAACUAGUUGUAUUCACAAGUCCUUCAGAUGGUUUCUGGAAGUCUGUUGCCACAUUUGUCCCAAAGGAGCCCAAAGAGAUACGAAUUCUGAAUCCUUAUUUCAUCCGUGAAGCGGCUUUCACAUUUAUUGGCCUUCCAGUCAACAAUGGAAUGAUGGGUCGUGGGAAUAUACCAACACUAGGCACUGUUGCAAUAACAAUGGCUUUACACAACUGUGAUGAGGUGGCUGUAGCUGGGUUUGGCUAUGAUAUGAAUGCUCCAAAUGCACCUCUACAUUACUAUGAGAGUGUGAAGAUGUCAGCCAUUAAAGAGUCUUGGACUCAUAACAUUGGAAAGGAGAAAGAAUUCCUUAGGAAAUUGGUGAAAGGACAAGUGAUUACAGACUUGACAGCUGGGAUUUGAGGCAACGUUGUUUCCAUCCCAAAAUAAAUUUGGGGAAGAAAAAGCAAGCAUGAAGAGGAACAUCCUGUGGACUUCAGAAAAACUCUGUUGAAUAUGAGGAUAAAGCUUUACCAAACUACAGGAGAGACUACACAUCUCUACAUAAAACCUGUCAUCUUGCAUCAACACUAUAUUGAGGGGGCGGGGAGAGGGGUUUAGUGGGAAGUGCUGGAAUUUUGUGCAGUUGCAAUUCAAUGUUCCACCUAAGUGUGCAAUCAGAAAAGAAAAAUACUGAUCAAUGUGCCAUAAUUACCUCUGGAGAAAGAAAAGCAACAGGAUUGUUGAGGUAUUUCUCUUUUUAUAGCUUGAAUGUAAAGAAUUUCAGAAGUUGCGUGGACAAACACUUUUACAUUGUGUUAACAUUUUAAUUUAAUAUUUCCUCUCCCUGCCCCAAGAUCCAUGAGACUGGUGGUUCUGUCCCAGACUGUUGAUUAAUUGCUGCUAUUCCUUUUGGGGGUAGAGGAUAUUUUAAAAAUGUUUUUUUUGUGUGUCAGUACAGAAAAGAUGCUGUGAAAGCACUUAAGUAUGAUCAACCUUUUGACUUCAAGAGCAGAAGAUUGUGUAUUACUGGUAAAAAUUUUGCUGUGUCAGUGCUUCAGAGAGCUGCUAUCACUAGUUUUGCAAUGGUCAGAGUGGAGGGCUCAAGGCAAGUGCAGAACAGAAAUCUUUGUUCAAGUACUAAUGUGACUAAUGUUUUAGCUAUAUUCUGUUAAACACAUUUAGAGGUUCAUGUUUCCAGCUUGUUGAUUUGCUUUGCCAGUUUUGACACAUAAUUGAUUUUCUGUUAGAAGGGUUUAGAACAGAAAUUAAUUUGGAUACCCAGUUUACAAUAACUAGUUUGAAAAAAAAUCACUUGCUUUCUAGCUGUUCAUAAGGCACACCUGUUGUUUAAAUCUACACUCCACUGUCCAAAAUUAAUUUUGGUUUUUUGUACACAGAUGCACCACCUAGGUAAUUUUCAGACUUGCUUCUUCCUCUCACCUUUCUAUGUACUGUGCAAAAAACAUGGUGCGGUGAUUAUAAGUCAGAAUGCACUGAUGGACGAUACUGAUGUCAAAGCAUUAAAUCUUCUGUGUUAGACUUGAGGGUUGUUAGCCAUGUGAUUGAAACAUUAGGUAAAUUAUUGCUAGGUUAUCACUCUUAUCAGAAAUUAUUCUUAAAUAUUUAGUAGUUAACCUACUCCCUACUUCACUCCUGUCAACUAUAUUUUUCCUUAAUUUUUCCCCCUUAUUUGUUUAAAUUGAAAAUAAGAUAACUAUUUGAAAUGAAAACUAAAUCCACUUGUAUAAACCUGUCCUCAGCAUACCUUUCUUACCUUUCAUCUUCCUACUACCAAGGUCUUUCAAAGGAGGCUGUUUAGCAAAUCUUAUGUUAAGUGUUCUCAACACCCACUGUUCUAUCAGUGUAGGCAUACAUACCUAUCUGAUUGAAUCCAGACUUCAUGACUUCAUUAAAGAAUUGUCAUUUGAUCCAUAUAAAACUCUAAGAAUGGCUACAUGUAUUGUAUCCAGUAGAAGUAAGUAAACUGUUGUGUCACAACUAUGGCAAAAUUAACCUACUUUAGGUAACUAUGAUUCAUUUUAGGAAAGGAGUAACUGAUAGAAUCACACAAAGCCCGAACUGGGAGCAAGUUCUUCGAUUAUAAAUCUUCCAAUUCCAUACAAAACUAGCAGAGUAGUGUAGCUCCCAGUUUGUGGACUAUGUAUAGUCUAAAUACUAUUGUUAUCAUUUUCUCCAUUUUAUUUGUUACACUGAUAUGGAUCAUAUUUCCAGGUCAAUAUUUUCUAUAUUGUUUUUUGCAAUUAAAUUCUUUAAUGUGUGAACUGACCUUUCUUAUUGGUUCAUGCCAUCCAGAUAUCCGGUUAGCAUGUUUCACAUUAAUUUGAAGAGGCCAUGAAAGCUGAAAGUGUAUAAAAAUAGAAUUAGAGCUUUCCGUUUAUGUGAUCAGUUUGGUCUUCAGAAUGAUAAUAUAAACUGUAAACAGACCAAACAUAGAGGAAGAAUGUGGGAAUGUGCUGUUGAUCAUCUGGACAAAAUAUAAACCAAACAGAACAUAUAUAGCUGAAAAUGAAGCUCAAAUGUACCUAAUUUUAUUAUUUCAAUACUGCUGUACCUUUUUUUCCUGUAUUUUGAAACUUGUAUAGCAUCAAUUUAAAAAAAAAUCUAUUUAUUUCUAGCUUUUAUUUCGCGGCACUUCCAUGCAUUCAAAACUUCUGCUGGUCUAGGCUUUAAGCUGCUACGAAAUCAUCCAGCUACAAGGAUUCAGACUGUUGAGUAUCAUGGCCUUAAUGUGGAUAUAUCAUUCUUACUGCUGGCCUGUGAAUACUUGUGCAUGCUCACAUAAUUCAAGUAUUUUAAAGUUAUCACUAAAUCAUUUUCAGAGUAAGAAAUCACUGCUUCAGGAGGAAAGCAAUGCAUCUGUCUAUCAUUGCUCCCUUGGCACCAACUUUUUCAACAAUGAUUGGUUGCAAGCAUAUCUUGCAGAGAAAAAGCACAAUUAACAUAUCCUUUCCAAUGCUGACAAACCCUAGGUGCCUGGUUACACAGUGUCUUAACAGUUCUUCUGUCAUUCACACUCUAGUACUCUGUAAUAAUCAUUAUGUUAAUUCUUUGCAGAGGAAAUAGUCAUCAUAAAUUACUUUAUUUAACAACUGGUGUUGGGACCAGCAUACUGUACCUUGACCUAUUGUUCCACUCCCUUGCCACUGAAUGGUCUUACUGAUCAGUCAUCCAUUGUAGUUCUACAGCAAAAUGACAGAAAAUAAAAAUAAACUCUAAUGAAUAAAAAGUUAUAACAAGAUAACAUCUGGUGAGGAGUUCCCAAGCUGCCUUACCAAUAUGAAGAAUAGUUAAAAUUACAAAAUGGCCUUUUUUAACAAGGCAAAAAAGAUUUAUCUAUGACAACUAUGCUGUUAUUUGUGGUAGUGAUAAUUUAAACUGUUUCAAUCUAAGCAUCUCUGAAUGAGUAGGAAUUAAUUUUGUUUUCUCAGUAAACGUAAAUGAAAGAUGGGUUCCUGACUUGCAUAUUAAAUGGUAUUCAACCGGUGUACCAGUUUUAUUUAAAUAUUAAAAGUAGUCUACCUAUUUCCAGGUUUAAAAUGACAGUCCUUGGUAGGCUCUAAUCAAAUUUCUUUCAGCUCUCAGUCAAGUCACUUUGAUUCACAUAUCAGAAGAUGUGCCCAUUGGAAAGUACCUGACCUAUUCAGCAGGAUUAAAACUGCAAAUGCUGGAAAUACUCAACGGGUCAGACCACCUCCAUGGAAAGAGACAGAAAGCUAAUGUUUCAGGCCAGGGGACCUUUAUCAGAACUGUGAAGUGGAUACUUUAAUCAUAUUAUAUUCUAGGGAGUCUAGGGGAGGGGAGUGUGUCUGCUAGAGUAAAACUGGAGUGAUCAUGGAGAUUUGUUAUCACUGAUAUAUGUUGUGGAAUUUGUUUUGUGACAACAAUACAAUGCAGUGCUAUAAGUAAUGUGCGAAAUGGCCUUAUUCUACUCCUAUAUCUUAUGGUCAUAAUUAGAAUAAGAAAUAUAUAUUAAUAAGUCAUGGAAAAAAGGAGCAAAUAUAGUGAGAUUGUAUUCAUGGGCCAUUAGAUCUAAUGGCGCAGGGGAAGAAGCUGUUCCUAAAACACUGUGUGUGUGCAUUCAGGCUCCUGUACUUCCUCCCUGAUGGUAUAAAUGAGAAGAGACUUAUCCUGGGUGUCCUUAAGAUGGACGCCACCUUUUUGAGGCAUCGCCUUUUGAAGAUGUUUUCAAUGCUGGAGAGGACCACAGUGGAACUGGCUGAGUUUACAACUUUCUGCCUUUCCCAAUCCUGUGCAUUAGCUCUUCCAUGCCAGAUGGUGAUGCAACCAGUGAGAGCGUUCUCCACAGUACAUCUGUAGAGAUUUGCUAGAAUCGUUGGAGAUAUACCAAGUCAACUAAAACUCCUCAUGAAAUAUUGCUGCUGCCAUGCCUUCUUUGUAAUUGCAUCAGUGUUGAGCCCAGGAUAGAUCUUCAGAGAUGUUGACACAUGGGAACUUGUAGUUAAAUCUUCUAAAGUUGAAGAUUCCAAAAUUAAGUGUAUAAGGCUGCAAUGUGCCUAAGUGAAAGAUGAGAAACUGUUUUUCAAGCUUACAUUCAACCAUUGACCAGAUAACCUUGUUUGCAGCUUAUUCCCAUGGUCACCCUAGUUUUACCCUAUCAGGGACAUUCCCUCCCCAGCCUUCCUGCAGUUUUACAAGCACUUUUUCUCUCCUUUGCAGUUCUAAUGAAUGGUCUUUGAGCCAAAAUAUUAACUGUUUCUCUUCCCACAGAUAUGGUUUGACCUGCCAGGUACAUCCAGCAUUUUCUAUUUUCAUUUCACUUUUGCAGUAUCUGCAUUUUUCUUUCAUUUUCACUAUUUGGCUGAAAACUGACAUCAGAACCUUUUGGAAUGGGAGCUGAACUAAACUCAAUCUGUCAUGCCUACAUAAAUGUUACUAUGCACAAGUAAGCCCAGCUUUUCUUCCAGUUUGCCUUUCUUUGCUCUCCAGUUACAGAGCUUCACAUCAGAUGAUAUAGAAUUGUUGAUUCCAGUCUUCUUGUUUAUUGUAUUUACCAAGAAUAAAACUAUUUUGAUCAAUAUUGCUAAUCAUUCUUCAUUUUCUGCUCCCAUCCAUUUGCAUAUCAUAUUGAUGACCAGUGGCUUUGAACUGAUAAAGUUUGCUUUGUGAAAGUUUGGUAAGUAAAAAGUGAUUCCAUUUAACUGAUCUGUGCUUAUUGGGUGUAUACUGGAAUAUAUUCUAGCCUAUUUUACAAAUCUUAAUUGUUGUGCCUUUUUAAACAUAAUUGUAUAACAUAAAAAAUAAGACUUGAACAAUUUUGUAAAUUGCAAAUAUGUUGGUUAAGCAACUCAAUGAAUUUAAAUUUGUUAACUCAACAGCCAUGUCAGUUUUGUCCAUUUUACCUUUAGUUGUAUGAGUCUGCCAUAAGCUAGAGAAUAGUAAUUGUAUGGCUUAUUUUAGAAAAUGUUAUUGUUGCUUGGAAUUAUUCUUGAGGAUUGAAGAGAUAGAGAGGUAGUAGCAUCUAAUUCCAAUGUUUUGAAUUUCAUCUAAAUGAAAUGUUUAUAUCAUCCAGAAUCUAGUUUGGAAUGGGGUAUUUCUGUCACCAAAGAAACAAAGUGAAAAUGAAAGCUUACCUUGACUGGGCAGUUUAUCUGCUGGCAAAUGAUCUAAGUUAUUGCAGUAUUAUUGUUUUCUUGGUUAUCAGACAGCCUGCUGAUUCUAUAGUUUGAACCUUUUCCUAUGUACUUUACAAAGGUUUUAAAACUGUUUAAAAUGUUGUUUUCUCUCUGGAUUUGGACUUGGAAAGAUCUCACUGCUGAGACAUCUAUAUUGUCAGAAUCAUUUACUUCACGUGAUAUUGUUGAUUACAUUAGUGACAAAUUCCUCAUGGUUGGGAGAAUAGAAGGAUAUGUUUAGUGUUUCAUCAGUAAGUGGGUCAGUUUUCACUGAAGGAUGCAGUUCAAUUGAAGUCAUUUGUUCACAAGGAAUGUUAUCACUGCACUAAUCAAUUGCCAGUCUCCACAUCUUUAAGGAAUUUUGAUUUAUUAGGGAUAAGACUUCUUAGGACAAACAAUACAAGGUUUCGACCAUACGUGCUUAUGUCAGUGCCACAAACAGAUAUGUCUUUUUUACAUUUAUAUUGAAAAAUAACAGUUCUUUAAAGAACUGAGAUCCUUUCAUCUCUGUAACUGGCAUACUAUCUGUUCUGAAUACUAAAAACUUCGUCCAGCUUUUAUGACUAGCAGUAGGUCACAAGUUCAAAUCCCAGCCAUUAGCAAUACUCAAACUAGUUCUGUAAGAUUGCAAUGCAGUAGAGAGAAGUAAAGCUGUGAUCGACUUUGUGGUAAUUCUGCCAGUCCUUCAGGGUUAUUCUAGAUUCUUCAGGAAUCCAUCUUCUGCACUCUGAGUUGUCAAAAAAGGACAUGUAAAAACAUUGUAGAUAUUUCCUCUGAACACAUGACUGGUUAUGAAAAAUGAUUCACACACAAAAGUUGUGAGAGUGAGUUAAGGGUGGAAGAAGCAGAGCAAGGCUGCAGGUGACAAAUAGUCUGGUGAAGUCUUAAAGAAUCAUCUCUAAUUAGAGAUGACAUUCCUCUAAAGUGCCAUUUGAAGUAUAUGCUCAAGGCAUAUUAGUAUUAUGAAAGCAAGAGACUUCCCUCUGCAGAUCUCACACUAACUAGUUAGCAUCAUGUUCUCACAUCAGCAAAGUUAAAUUUACUUUGAAUCCGAGUGGUAGGUUUUUAUCAUUUCUUAUCCUCCUACCCUUUAGCAGUGUAAUGUUACCAGGUUUCUAGCUUGAAUAUUUCCAAGCUGAUGCCAUACAAUUUAAUGCUCAAUUUAUAUGAAGCUCUAACUCUCCAGGCUCCAGUUCAGAAUAAGGUAAACAUUCAAUUCCAUAAUAGGGACACACAAGAGACUGCAGAUGCUGGAAUGUGGAACAAAACAAAAGCUGCUGGAACAACUCAGGCAUAAUCAACAGAGGCGAAGAAUGGUAACAUUUCAAGUUGAGACCCUACAUCAGGACUGAAGGCAGAGGGAAGAUGUGAGGGGAUUGGGUCAGGUAGACUAUAGGUGGAACCAGCUAAGGUGGUUGAUAAUGGGCAAGUGGAGCCCACCAGACUCUGUCUCUAAACUCUGCCAGCUGGCUCCAUCUGCCCAUCAACUGUCCCUCAUCUGGUUCCACUUAUCACCCCGACCCACCUCUAUCUCUCCCCACUCAGCUCAAUCUGAGGCAAAGUUUUGACUGAACCAUCAACCAUCCUUUCGUUUCCACAGACCCACUGAGUUUCUCCAGCAGUUUGUACUUUCGCUCCAGUUUCAUUGUGGUCUUUGGAAAGAUUAGUAAAUAAAUCCCUUCACAUUCAUCCUUUUUUUAAACCCUGGAUUAAACAUAAUUCUGGUUUCUACUGCUAAGAGAGAGUCUUCCUGGUAAAGGAAGAGAAGCAUAAUAAGCUGCAAUAAUAACAUUGUAAAAUGGUCAACAUAAGAGUUGCCCGCUCACUAGGCUGAGGACUAUCAUGGUUUUCAGGUGUUUAAUUGAUAUAGAUUUGACCAUAUUUAAAACCUGGAAAGCUGUGAAUUGGUGUCUGGUGUAAAAUGACAAAACCAGUAAUAUUUUUGAUUUUGAAUCAUCUUGUUUUUAUUGACUUCCUUUGAGCUGAUAAGAACUGGAACAAAUUGUUGUUUUAAUAUAGCAAUAGCCAAAUUGUAUUUGCUUUUGUACAUUUUGUUUUGGCAAUCAUCAUCUGAAAUAAGUAAUAUUUUAACCCUAUUUAGAUGUUUUCAACCAGCUUGGAGUUCUACAAAACUAAUUGAAACAGUAGUAAGAACUAGCCUUUGUUGUACUUUGUGGUGACAAUCCUAAACUGCUGCUGGGUGGAGUUAUCGAAGGAACAAAGGAACAAUUAAGUUUAUGGAUAAUUAAAGUGGUCAGAACUGGAAGAGAUUGGAACUCCCAGCAGACAGAAAGAGGUUAGAGAUUUAGGGAUGAUGAUUGCUGUGCAAGAUUUUGAACAAGAAUGAGAACUUUGAAAUCAAGAUUCUUCUACCUGUGCAUUCCCCAGUGGAGGCCACCAAGUAGUGUGUUAAGUGAGUGUGAUAAACAUGACAGGUUUGGAUGAAAAGUUUAGGCAGGUAGAAGGUGUGAUCACAACCAAAAGAUUACAACUAUUAGGUAUAGGAAAAACAAAGAGUGAAGCUUACUUUCAGCAGCUGAGCUACUGUAGAGCUUUGGGUCAGAGUGGUGGAAGCAGCUGAAGUUGGUAAUAAUGUGAUCAUUAGCUUAUGUCAGGAUCAAACAAGACCAGUUCUCCCUACAGUCUAGCAUAGCCUUGAGACAGUGGAGAUGGUAUUGGUGGAUAGGACGUGGAGUUCAUUGUGGAGACCAUUUUCUGUUUGCCUCUCUUCCAUUACCCAAAGAAGGGCUUUCUAAAUGACUAGUGAUGAUUAUUUUUAAGUACAAACAAUAUUCACAGACAGAUCUGAAAGUUUAGCUAGAUACUCCAAGUUAAACCUACAGCUCUUUUUGCGAAGUUUUGUGCACGUCUCUUUAUGCCAGUAAUACUCAAUUUAAAUAUCUAGUUUUGUUCUACCUCUUUACAGUCAACGGAUUAUUGUACGAGUGUAGCUUUCUGUGCUGUUUGGCAGUUUUUUUGAGAUAUUAUUUUGAAUAAUAAUGAAUGAUAAACUACCAGUUAUCGCUUGUUGUCUCUUUCCUUCAUCCUUUCACCUUGCAGAGUGCUACAAAUUAAGCUAUGAAUCUCAGCACACAUCCAUGUGAGGGAAAGGCUGGUAGGGAGAAUUUUUUUUUGAUAAUUUGUUGAUUAAUACAUUGAAGGAGUUGCAUUUUGACCGGAAACUACCAACCCAUUGUCUGUACUCUUCUUUGAAAAAUACUACAUGGGCUUUUUAUUAUGUGGGAACAGGCUGGGGAUUGUGGGUUGGGUUGGAAUAAAUAAACUGCAAAUAGGUGAUAGUAAUAAUAAAAAAAAUUGUUCCAAAAUGGAUUUCAGAAUUAUUAGCUAGAACAAGUUUUAUUGUUGGAAAACAGUUAACUUUGUAUAUUUUUUGUAGGUAACUGAAUCGCAAACUUGCACUGCUUUAUUAGAAAUAAUUAGACCUUGUUUAAGACAUGCAUGUAUUAUAAAAAUAUUGCAUAUCAUAAUUUUCUCGAUGAAACAGCUUUUUUAAAAAAAACAGUGGCAUCUUCAAUGUUGAAUUAAAUUAUGUUUAAUGUUGAAUUAAAUUAUGCAUUGCAGACCACUCGGAAUCCAUUUUUUAGAAAUGGUAACUACCAUAACUAUAGUAGAAUCCUUCUUAUCAAAAGCAAUUUAGAAACUUACUCGCCUAUUACUGCAUGGUGAAAAAGUGUAAACCUCUUGAGUAGUGUAUGUUUCAAACCUGACAUUUCUAGGACAUUCAACUUGAAACACAAAAUAAAUUGGGAAUUUACAUGUUAGCAGAUCUCUUCCUUCUGAGUUACUCCAGGACAACGUUUUCAUAUGUUUAUCUCUAAAAGAAAGAUAUGGUCUUGAGUAACAAGUGGUCAGUGUAACCAGGAUGUCAGGUGGCAAAGAACUGGCUUGAAAUGGACACUGUUAUUGUGAAUCAAUGAAAACUACCCCUGGUACGUUAUGUAAAACAAUUAAGUUAUAACAAUUAAGUUGUCUCACUUACUAAUUUUGAAUUUAACCAUAAAUAAGUGAAAUUAUAAAUUUCAGAGAUAUAAAAUUUAAUGUUUAAUUGUUCUAUUUGAUGGAAACUUGUCUGUUUAUAGGCUCUGCUAUGUACAUUUCUGUUAGAAACACAAAGUUGUACUGGACUGACAGAUCGGAUUAAAUGUAACUGAUUAUGUAUGUCACUGAAGCAAUAAAAUUAUUCAAUCAUG